AUGAUUUUUGUAAAUUGUCCAAAAGGAAAGUUGAAAUUAAUUUUCUUCUGUAAGAGUUUAACUUCAAAACAUCAGUUUGUGAUGCAAGCUGAAAAUAUGGUACUUAGAGAUGCAGUUCAAGCCAAAUGCCCUAAUAGAUUGGACUUGUUAGAGUAUAUUUGUGGUGGUAAUGAUGGUGGAUCAAAUGCAAUCAAAAUUGAAAAGAAAGUAUAUGAAGCAUUUAUAUCCCGUUUUUAUAGUAGUUAUUGUCAAUCUUCACUCGAACCAUACUUUUAA